AUGUAUGACAACAUCUCUGAUUUCACAAGAUAUGAUGACGACCAUGACCCCGAACACGGUGAAGAAGAAGUUUUACAAACAUCCAUUAAGACAGGAAAGGUUUUAACUCAAAGUCUCAUUAUUGACACCAAAGAUGGCGAAGUGGACGUUCUUCAAGAGCUGAAGAAAAAUACUUCUUCGGGAGGUGGUGGUAGGCAUGAACUUGAAAUAAAUGAGAUAGAAGAGAAAUUAGCCGAAAAAGCAGAUAAAGAACAUAAACACAAUAUCUCCGAUAUAAAUGAACUUCAAGCUACAUUAAAUAGUAAAACAGAUAAAAAUGAACUUGACGCAAUGAACAAAGUUUUGAAAUCUCAUAAACACAAUAUCUCCGAUAUAAAUGAACUUCAAGCUACAUUAAAUAGUAAAGCGGACAAGAACCAUGUUCAUUAUAUAACUUCAGACGAACAGAUUAUAACGGACUACCAUGGAUAUUUAACACGAAGUGAUGAAGCGAAGACAAAAAAUGUUAAUGAAAGAAGAUAUAAAUACAUUCGUGCUAAAGGUUAUGACAUAAGCUGUACUGUACAGUAUGAUGUAGCUAAAGCACCAGAAGCAUUUGGUUAUACCGGUGAAAUUUAUGCCUCUACUUUCAAUGUUAACGGUGUAUUAGUUGAACCAAGAUUUACUUUGAGAGUUAAGGCAAAAAUAACGUUUGAAGAUGCUAUUAAAAGUAAAGCUGACAAAGUUGAACUCGAAGCAAUGAACAAAGUUUUGAAAUCUCAUAAACACAACAUCUCCGAUAUAAAUGAACUUCAAGCUACAUUAGACAGUAAAGCUGACAAGAACCAUACACAUAAAUCCUUCACUACU